CACGCCAAUAGCAACGGUUCCAGUGGCAACGAGUCGCAAAGCCACGAUUCCCUGCGCAGCGACCACAGCAGCAGUGGGAACGGCAAGGACUCAGCGCUGCUGGAGACAACCGAGAGCAGCAAAAGCACCAACUCCCAGAGCCUGUCGCCCCCCAGCAGUUCCAUCGCCUACAGCCUGCUGAGCACCAGCUCCGAGCAGGACAACCCCUCCACCAGCGGCUGCAGCAGUGAGCAAUCGGCGCGAGUGAAGACCCAGAAGGAGCUGAUGAAAGCGCUGAAGGAGAUGAAGAUCCGGCUGCCCUCGGAAAAGCGCGGCAAGGGUCAGUCGGGCACCCUGGCCACCCUGCAGUAUGCGCUGUCCUGCGUCAAGCAGGUCCAAGUCAGCCACGACUACUACCAGCAAUGGACCAUUGAUGAGGGCCAGCCCUGCGCCCUGGACGUCUCCAGCUACACCAUCGAGGAGCUGGAGAGCAUCACCUCCGAGUACACCCUCAAGAAUCCAGACACCUUUGCCGUGGCUGUCUCCUUCGUCACCGGCAAGAUCCUCUACAUCUCCGACCAGGCUGCCUUCAUCCUGCGCUGCAAGAGGGACGUCUUCAAGGGAGCCACCUUCGCCGAGUUCCUGGCCCCCCAGGACGUCAGCAUUUUCUAUGGCUCCACCGCCCCCUACCACCUGCCCUCCUGGAGUGCCUGCACUUCUGCCAGUGAGGGGCCCUGCGAUUUUUGUUGCUGGUCGGUCCUGGUCUCCUCUGGCCUCUGGUCUUAUUGCAGGCGUUUGUUUCUCAGCGGAGGCCGCACCCGUGGGCGGGAGCUGUGUUACUCCCCCUUCCGGCUCACACCCUACCUGGCCAAGGUGCGCCCCUCGGACAGCUCCGACGGCCAGCCCUGCUGCCUGCUCAUUGCGGAGCGCAUCCACUCGGGUUACGAAGCUCCCCGGAUCCCACCUGAUAAACGGAUCUUCACCACCCGGCACACGCCCAGCUGCCUGUUCCAGGAUGUGGAUGAGAGGGCGGCCCCCUUGCUGGGUUACCUCCCCCAGGAUCUGAUUGGGACGCCCGUCCUCUUCUACCUGCACCCGGAGGACAGGCCACUCAUGCUGGCCAUCCACAAGAAAAUUCUCCAGUACGGCGGGCAGCCCUUUGACCACUCCCCCCCCCGCUUCUGCACCCGAAAUGGCGAGUACGCCACUAUUGACACCAGCUGGGCCCACGUCUUCACAGCCCCCAAGGCGCUGAAGAUGCGGCCGCUGGAGCCAGACGUCCAGGAACUCUCCGAGCAGAUCCAUCGGCUGCUGCUCCAGGCCCUCCCUUCCUGUCCUCAGAUGACCUUCCAGCAGUUCUGCAAAGAUGUGCACAUGGUGAAGAGCCAGGGCCAGCAGGUGUUCAUUGAGUCCCGCGUCAAGCCGCCGGCUGGCAAACCCCCCUGUGCAGGCCUGGAGACGCUCAGGGCUGGCGGUGGACCAGGCAGGAGGGCCCUGUGUGAGGCUGAGCAAGGCCCGGGCCAAGUGGCAGCCUCAGAGGAAUCUCUCCGGAAGGAGCCGUCCAAUUACUCCUACCAGCAAAUCAACUGUUUGGACGGCAUCAUCAGGUAUUUGCAAAGCUGCAACAUCCCCAGCCGGGUGAAGCGGAAAUGUGGCUCCUCCUCCUACACUGGCUCCUCCCACUCCGACGAUGACAAACAGAAAACCAGCAAGGAAGUGGCCAGCUCGGCACGAGACAUUGUGAUGAUGGAGGAGGGCCCCGGCCCCAUGCCCCCAGCUCUCCUGCCCAGCGCACCACCUGACCGGGAGCAGUACCGCCGGGUGGGGCUCACCAAAGAGGUGCUCUCCACGCACACCCAGCACUUCAAGGACCUAAGCCGGCUGCAUGUCUUCGACGCACCACGGGCGGGCAGCGUGGGUGCCGGCGAGCAGUUUAUCAGAUACGUGCUGCAGGACCCCAUCUGGCUGCUCAUGGCCAACAGUGAUGAGAAGGUCAUGCUGACCUACCAGCUGCCCUCCCGCCCCAUGGCCGCCGUGCUCCAGGAGGAUCGGGAGAAGCUGAAGCAGAUGCAGAAGCAGCAGCCGCGCUUCACGGAGGAGCAGAAGAGGGAGUUGGCCGAGGUGCACCCGUGGAUGAAAAAGGGGCUGCUGCCCAAAGCCAUCAACAUCAGGGCCUGCGUGGACUGCGGCAGUAACCCAGCCUCCCGUGUGGCACCACUCUACGAUGUGGAGCUGCCCGACAUGGACCUGAGCACCAUGCUGGAGCCCAUGGAGGAGGGCAGUGGCGCCCCCCCGUGCCCGGACAUGGCCAUGGAGGAGGAGGAGGCUGAGCAGCCGGCCCAGCCCGAAGGGGGCACUGAGAACACUGGCUAAACUAAACCCCUGCCAGCCUUGUCAUGGACUCCUCAGGCAGCAUCAGCUGCCAGCCUCGGAGCCGGGCACCAUGCUGGAUGGACCAGAAGUGCCGGCCCGGCUUUGGCCCUGGGUCAGCCAAGUCGGGCCCUGCCCUGCCAUGGGCACCCCGGGAGGCCAGGCCAGGCCCCCCCUGCGCGGGGCGGAGUAUUUAUUUUUGGAAGGUAUUUUUUGUACAAAAUGGCGCGCGGGACAAUAAACCGCGACUGUCUGACCCCA